GUUCUGGUCCUGCUGGACAUACGGCCGCACUUUACUUGUCCCGAGCAACCUUAAAACCUGUUAUGUUUGAGGGAUUCCUUGCGAAUGGUUUUGCUGCCGGUGGUCAACUAACUACAACCACUGAUGUUGAAAAUUAUCCCGGUUUUCCUGAAGGCAUAAUGGGCACGGUGAUGAUGGAUAAAUUUCGGGAGCAAAGCAUUAAAUUUGGCACAACAAUUUACACUGAAACAAUAUCAAAAAUUGAUAUUUCUACACGUCCGUUUAAACUUUGGCGUGAAAGUAAAGAAGAUCAAGAACCUGAUACCGCUGAUGCACUUAUUAUUGCCACUGGUGCUGCUGCAAAAAGACUGAAUCUUCCUGGUGAAGACAAGUAUUGGCAGAAAGGAAUAUCGGCGUGUGCUGUUUGUGAUGGUGCUGUACCUAUUUUCCGUAACAAACCUCUCGCUGUAGUUGGUGGCGGUGAUUCUGCUGCUGAAGAAUCUCUGUUUCUUACAAAAUAUGCGUCUCAUGUUUACGUAUUGGUUCGUCGAGAUAAACUUCGUGCUUCAAAAGUUAUGGCAAAUCGAUUGCUCACCAAUCCAAAAGUUACUGUAUUAUGGAAUACCGAAGUUAUUGAAUGUAAAGGCAAUGGAGAAUUACUUAAUAGUUUGGUGAUCAAGAAUAACCAAACUAAAGAAAUAAAGGAAUUAUCUGUAAAUGGUUUAUUCUUUGCUAUUGGCCAUGCGCCAGCUACCGAUUUAGUUAAAGGAAAAUUGGAUUUAGAUGAGGAUGGUUACAUUCUUACUAAACCAGAUAGUACUUGUACAAAUAUAGAAGGCGUUUUUGCUGCAGGUGAUGUUAAAGACAAAAAAUAUAGGCAAGCUAUUACAAGUGCUGGAUCUGGAUGUAUGGCUGCAUUAGAAUGCGAACGUUGGUUGAGCGAACAUUUUGCUGAAUAA